UCUUAAGGAAUAGCUACUUAUUUUCAAAAUGGAAAUAUUUAUCCAUUUACUUCUGAGUUUAUGCACGCUGCAUGUCCUUAUCGAUUUUAGUACAGUUGUGAAUGCAUCCAGAAAGCCAUGGACAGCUGCUGAUAACAGGGCCAGCUGGGUAGAGACGAGGAGGGCCAGAGCUGUAAACAGACCGAUACCUAUCAAUUGUGUGGUGCGGAGCUGGACAUCAUGGACUCCUUGUAACUCCUGCACUGACAAAAAGUCCCGUUUCCGAUACAUGGAGAAACCCUCACAGUUUGGAGGCACAGACUGCACUGGGACACUGUGGGAGAGACUGGCAUGUCCAACAGCAACCUCACCAUGUCUGGUGCCAGACUACUGUGGUGAAAGCUUCACCUGCAAAGAAACAGGGCGCUGUAUCAGCCACUCACUUCGCUGUAAUGGAGAAUCAGACUGCGAUGAUUUUUCUGAUGAAGAUGGCUGUCAACAUGUCAACCAGAGAGACGACAAGUGUUCCAAACUUCAGCCGAUCCCUGGUGCUGAACGAGGCACUCAAGGUUACAAUGUCUUGACUGGAGAAUUUGUGGAUCAUGUGCUUGACCCAAAGUACUUUGGAGGAAAAUGUGAAUAUGUCUACAAUGGUGAAUGGAGGAAAUUCAUCUAUGACGCAUUCUGUGAGAACCUGCACUACAACGAGGAUGAUAAAAACUACCGGAAACCUUACAACUACCAUACCUACCGUUUUGUGGCUCAAGCUACAUCAGAAGGCUCCAUCGAUUACUAUGAUGAUAUGGCGAGCCUACUGCAAGCAAGGCAAACUAUGAGUUCUUUCAAUGCUGGUGUCUCAGUCGGGAUUUAUUAUGUGCAAUUGGGACUGAGUGGAAGUCAUGAGUCGGAGUUUCUCAGCAACAUAACAAAGUAUAAAAACCAGGACGUAGGGUUUGUGAGGCUUUGGUCCAAAGUGCAAACAGCUCACUUCAAGAUGAGAACCAAUAAGUUGAUGCUUCAUGAAGAUUUCUACAUUCUACUCAUGGAGCUCCCAGAGCAGUAUGACUUUGGGAUGUACUCCCAGUUCUUCAACAUAUUUGGCACCCACUAUGUCACAGAGGGAAUUAUGGGAGGAUCCCUUGAGUAUGUGGUGGUCGUCAACAAAACCUCUAUGGCAAACUCAAAGCUUGAGGCUGACCAGGCUGGUAGAUGCUUUGGAGCCUCACUUGGUUUAAGCAAUCCACUUGAUGCCCAAGCAACAGUUGAACUCAAAGUGGGUGUGCAGCCAUGUAAAAAAGGAGGAAAGUUUAGUCAAGAUGGGGACUCCAGUUCAGUUUUCAUUGAGGACAUUGUUACUAAAGUGAAGGGAGGGGUCCCACACAGCAGCACUGGUCUGUUGGCUGUCAGGAGUGCAGACACAUACAGGAAAUGGGGAGCAACUCUCAAAUACAACCCAACACUCAUUGAAUAUGAGACCAUGCCAAUUUAUGAGCUAGUGCGCCUCAGCACAGCAGCUGACCAUGUAGGUGCUAGACUGGCUAACAUGCAGAGGGCCUGGGAUGAGUAUCUGCAGCAGUUUGACUCCUGUCGCUGCAGCUCCUGCAGGCACAAUGGGAUUCCUGUCCUCACAGGUACUUCCUGUAGCUGCAUUUGUAAAGCAGGAUACCGUGGAGAGGCCUGUGAAGAGACUCUCAGAAGAGAUACCAAGACAGAUGGGUUGUGGUCCUGCUGGGGGGCCUGGUCAACCUGUACUUCAGGCAGGAAGACUCGAACAAGAACCUGUAACAAUCCCACACCUGACGGGGGUGGGGCACCCUGCCUGGGCUCCUCCUCUCAGACGCAGCGUUGCUAAUGUUAGCAUUCCCCCCAGACUCAGAUGCUCUUGAGUGCUAACUUAGAAUAAGAAGUUAAAUACUUUUGAACUCAAAGAAAACUGCUCUAUCACAAUCUUUUUGUAAA